AUGUAUUUUACCGGCCUAGUGUCAAAACUAGGUGGUCCUACUUCAUAUGUAUUGUUUAAGAACAAUUUGAACGCACAACUUGAUGCCAUGGAAAAUAUUCCGUAUAAUCCAGAAGAACCGGAAUUGUUUGGUCCGAGAAGAAAUCGGUGGGAUGAGCGACCAAACAAUUUACUAGAUCUACAAUCUGAUGAAAAUGAAAAUCCACAACCAUGGAUCCGAAUUAUGACUCGCCCUCGAUUGGCAAUUCCACCAACACCGACUCAGAUACCUCUUGAUCAAGGUCAAGAAGUGCUUAGGCAACGCGCUGUGGAACAUAUGCCGGCACCAAGAGCACCAGCUCCGAUUCCAGCACCACGAGCAAUUCAGCGAAUUGCUCAUGUACCAAGAGCACCAGCUCCGAUUCCAGCACCACGAGCAAUUCAGCGAAUUGCUCAUGUACCAAGAGCACCAGCGCCAAUUCCAGCACCACGAGCAUCAGCUCAGCUACCUGUGCUGGUACAAAGAGAAGCUGUACAGCAAGCAUCAGCACCGAUUCCAGCGCCAAGACGUGCUAUUGUGAUUCCUCCACGCAAUCUUCGUGGAACAUCUCGACAAAGGCUUUCAAAAGCAAUGAAAAAGAUGGCAACAGCAUCCUCAAGGAAGAAACACUAG